UCCUGAACAAUUCGAAGUAGACUGUGGUAGAGCAAAUGGUGUAUGUGGCCUUCUCUGAUUCACGAUAAAUUAAUUCACAAAUAAUUGUCCUUUCGUCGAUAAAAUAAAUUUCAGAAGGAUGGUUCUCGAAAUUUUAGUAGGUCUGAGUUACAAAUGUUUCAAGCAACUUCCAAGAUGGUUGAGAACUGGUUUAGCAAAAAGAGCACGAUUUACUUUGAUGCUCGCAUUAUUUUCUUUCUGUAUAUUUUUAAUCGUUGCCUUCUUUUUUUUGAAGAUGAUAUUUAUUACAAUGAUUGAAAUUAAAGAUUUUCUAAAAAGUGAUUCCAACUAUGACAUGGACGUUAUAGCGCAAACUGGGUUGCAUAUAGCUGGCCUGCUAUUUAUAAUGAUUGCAUUUCUCAUACCCUUUAUUAUAGGCGUUUUGAUUCAUUUGCAUAUGCACCUUGGAGGUGAGGCGGAUGCAGAAGACUUACUUUUAUUUUAUAGACGAGGAGGUUUAUUUCAUUAGGUGUUAUGGUGGCAGUUUCGUUAAUUUAUUUUUAUUAAUGUAUGUUUAUUAUUUUUAUGUGUAUCCUACAGCUAUUCUACCGUUUAUGAAAUAUUUGGAAAUUAAAAACUUUUAUUACUGAGAA